AUGUCGGCAAUCACCAAGCGCGAGUUUGACGAACUUGCACAGCAUGGUGGUAACUACCUUGCAUGGGCAACUGAUGUGGAAAUCUGGCUCGAGGGUAAACAACUCUUGAGCCCGAUUGGCUUGGGUGGCAAAGGUGCCCCUGCCGCCACGUCGGUUGAGAAUGCCCAGGCUUUGCACUUCCUACGCCACCACCUCUGCGCCACACUCAAGAUUGAGUACAUGGCUGAGCGGAGUGCCUUAGCCUUAUGGACCGCCCUCAAACGCUGGUUCGAAAGACUGAAGUACUCCACCCAGCCCCAGACAGAGGCGGAAUGGGCCCGGUUGAGGGUUGCGGAUUUCCGGUCCGUUGGUGAGUACAACUCGGCUUUACACCGAAUUUGUACUCGUCUUCGGCUAUGCGGUGUUACAGUCACCGAUAGCCAGAAGAUUGAGAAGACUCUCUCAACCUUUCAUCCAGAUGCCGUGCAGUCCUCCCGGAGCUACCGACAGGCGAACUACAAGGAAUAUUCUGAGCUGGUCGACAUCCUCCAAGUGGCUGAGGCGCAUGACGAGGUUCUCAAAAAGAACGUUGUCGUGCAACCACUGGGGGCUAGUGCGCGCCCAGAAGUACAGGCCAACGCUUUCAAAAUCCUCAAGCCCCUCAAGAAGAAGAGGGGCAAGAGGGGCAAGAAGGCAGGGAAGGACAAGAAGGAGGCCAAGGUGCCCAAGGGGCCCCAUGUGUGUUUCAGGUGCGGCAGGAAGUCUCAUUAUUCCCGCGAUUGUCGCGCACCUCAGCACGUAGCGGAUGCUUAUAAGGCGAGGAAGGCACAUGAGGCCAACCUCACCAUCUACGGAGGGGGAGGAUCUGUGGUGCCCCAAGUGGCGCCGCCACAGAUGAUCCCUACACCGCCAUCCUUGGCGAUGUUACAGGCAUCCACUACUGACACCACCACACCGAUGGAUGUUGAACCCUCGGGGAAUCCUCCAUUUGGUCUGGACUUGGGAGACGCUGCAGCACUUUUCACCAUGGAUGACGUGACCACAAACGACAUUGCGCUUGAGGUCAACGGUCUCAUGGAAGAGUCUACCUAG